AUGCGAGCCAUGGCAGACCAGGCUGCGGUGGCAGCAGACGCCUCUCCAGCCCUGGCACCGUCCCCGGGCUCACCUCGGCGUGGGGACAUCGAGGGCUCGACGCCACACGCCGGCGGCACCAGGGAGGACGGUGGCGGCCGGGAUGGCUGCGGGCUCCUUCCCACGGUGGAUGGGGACGCGAAGCGUCCCCCGUCACCCCAGACAGGGGGGAUGCUCCUGGCCGACCUCCCGCGGGUCCCCCAGCCCCGGCUGAGCCCGGCCAAGUCGCGCACGGCUCCGUCGUCGCCCAGCGCGUCCCCGUCGGAGAGCCGAACCGCGCUGCUCCGGCUGCGCGACGCCAGGCUGGAGGGCACCAAGAGGAGGCUGUCGGAGGCCGUGCAGGAGCCCCUGAGCCGCCUCAGUCGCCUCAUGGCCGAGGACAGCAGCCCCACGGGCCGGACCAAGGAGCCGGGGAGCAGCCCCGGGGGCAGCCGAGGGGCUGGGGGACGCCGGGUGCGGGACUGGACACCCUGGGAGCCCACCCUGAACUGCCGCUACGAGAUCUGCUCCUACGGGGACGUGAUCCAGGUGGUGGAGGUGGCACAGAGAGACACGAAACCCCCUCUGCCAUCGCCCGAGGAGCCGCCGCCGCCACGGUCCGGGGGCUCCGUGCCGGGCAGGGCGCUCGCCUCCAUCGCCCUGCUCGCCUACGGCUACCUGGUGCUGCCGCUGCCGCCCUACGCCGCCGGGCUCUGCGUGGGGCUGCUCUGCGGGAUGCUCCUGGGCUUCCUCGCCAUCCUCCUCCUCGUGCCCAAGGCUCCGCCGGUCACUCGGGGACCGUGGGGCGGUCUGCGCCCCAAGCUGCUCCCGGCGGAGCCGCGGGAACCGCCCCACCUGCAGGGCUGGAUGAACCAGCUGCACGUGUACGACCCCGAGCUUUUCCACCCGUCGCUCACGCACUCGGUGCUCGCCGUGCUGGACGGGGCCACCCUCAAGCUGUCCUACCCCAAGAGCAACAUCCCGCGCCGAGCCACCUUCGAGGAGGAGAUCCUGGACACCGUGUUUGUCAGCCACCGCUGCUACGACCUGACCGAUGCCAAGGUCUUCCUGUGUCCCCCCAGCCUGGCCCGAAAGAGGACGUGGAACAAGAAAUAUCCCAUCUGUGUGCUCCUCCCCGAGGCGGCAGAGGGAGAGGGCAGGAGCAGCGAGGAGCAGGACACAGAGCUGCAGGGGGAUGAGGGGACCAGGAAGGUGGCGGUGGCCGGGCAGGACAUGUCAGGGGACUGCAGGGACAGGUGCCUGUACCUGUUUGGGAGGACGGGGCGGGAGAAAGAGGAAUGGUACCAGCACCUCUUGCAAGCCUCCCGUGGGACACCCAGCAGCCACGGUGACACCAGGGCAGGCAUGGGAUCAGCUCCACAAAGCAGCGGCAGCAGCAGCGGAGGCAGCGCCGAGGACAUCCCAUCCACGGAUCCAGCCAGGGAUGUGUCAGGAAGCACUGAGGAGAUUUACCUGGAUUACAGCACCUACAUGGCCCGAUUUGUGCCAGCACAGGGGGCACCCAGCCCGGAGCGGAGCCCCUCUCACGGAACUCUGGGCAGCCCCACACCCACCAAGGGGCUGGUGGCUGCUGUCCCCCCCCAGGUUGGCGAGGACACGGCCAGCAUGGCCUGGAUGAACGCGCUGGUGGGGCGCAUCUUCUGGGACUUCCUCAGGGAGCACUACUGGGCAGAACAGGUGUCCAACAAGAUCCAGAAGAAACUGAGCAAGAUCAAGCUCCCAUAUUUCAUGAACGAGCUGACGCUGACGGAGCUGGACAUGGGCACAUCCAUCCCCUCAGUACUCAGUGCCUCCAACCCCACCAUCAAUGAGCGAGGGCUCUGGGUGGACAUGGAGGUCACCUACAGCGGCUCCUUGCAGAUGACACUGGAAACAAAGAUGAACCUCAGCAAGCUGGGGAAGGAGAGCUCUGCAGAGGAGAGUGGCCCUGCAGAGGCAGGCAGAGAGGGGGCCAGGCCAAGGCUGAUCCUGCUGGCAGACAGCGAUGCGGAGUCGUCCAGCGCCGGCUCCUCUGACGAGGAAGAUGUCACCACUGCAGAGCCCGCGGGAGCCCCGGGGGAGCGGCUCCCCCCGCCCGGCACCGAGGGCCACGUCAGCAGCAACAGCACGAGCCGGAAGAUCCUGCGCUUCGUGGACAAGAUUGCCAAGUCCAAGUACUUCCAGAAGGCCAAGGAGAACGAGUUCAUCAAGAAGAAGAUGGAGGAGGUUUCCAACACGCCGCUGCUGCUGACGGUGGAGGUGCAGGAGCUGGCAGGAACCCUGGCUGUGAACAUCCCCCCACCACCGACCGACCGUGUCUGGUACAGCUUCCGAGUGCCCCCACAGCUGGAGCUGAAGGUGCACCCCAAGCUGGGUGAGCGGGAGGUGACAUUCCUGCAUGUCACUGAGUGGAUAGAGAAGAAGCUGAAGCACGAAUUUCAGAAAAUUUUGGUGAUGCCGAACAUGGAUGAUCUCAUCAUUCCCAUCAUGUGCUCUGGCCUGGAUCCUUGGCCACCUACCAUGGGACUGCCCCAGGACCUGCCAGCCAAGGGGAACAGGAGGCUCUGA